GGUUGCUCGCGCGCCAGCCUCGCACGCGCUCACUUGCGACAUACGAUCGAGUUGUGAACGUAAACAGUGGUAUAGCAUACCUAAUUUAAAAAGAGAAAGAUUUUUUUUUUUAAAUAAAGUGUUGACGUUUAAUAAUUAAACAUAAAACGCGGGUGUAUACGGUGAUCGAAUUGACGAGUUUCCACCGAUUUUCAUUAAUCGGAAUUUUUACGUUCGGAUGAACAUGGACUUGCCCAAAGGAUUCACAUCAAUGCGUUGUUCAUGGAUGUCUUUUUAACCGGUGUUUCCAAAAAGCUAUUGGUAGCAAUGUCGGUAGCGGUAAUAGUAACUAUGUGCCUAAAAACAACUGCGGCGAGUCCGUUAGAACACAGAAGACAUAAUAGACAUAUGACAAGAACACUGAAAGACUCGGUAACGUCCAAGACAGAGGCUCGAAUACACGAAGCUGAGAGAACUACCAAAGAACAAAAAAUCAGGAGACUGCUACACAACGACCAGUACGGGACAGCUCUACAAAAAGUCAAACAUAAAAUGGCUAACACGAAAGACAACUUCGACGAACGGCGCAGAAUAUUGACGGAGCCCAAAGACUACGGGUCCGGUAUGCCACCCUGGUUACCGAAGACUAACUUCGUGGAUAUUCACGAGAGGAGUAAUAAAAUCGCCAACAGAAAAGACGCAUCGAGAUCUAAACAAUAUUUCUCCUACAAUAUCCGGCAGCUCUACAAAUCGCUCGUAGUGUACCAGGAACUGUUCAAGAUAUUUAAACAAGUCGGCGUCAUAUCACCCGACAUACAAAUCACGAACUACAACACCAAACGAGAAGACUUCUUCAAGAAGACCAUCGAUGAUCUGUACAGCACCAUAGAGGAUAUAAAAGACGCAAUGGUCCGUGUCAAGAUGCCCAUACCUAAAGUAGAUUCCCCGAAACGUUUGAAACUCGACACGAUAGAAAUGAAAGUGAACUCAGCAAAAUAUUUAAAAAAUGACGACAUACUUUUUAGAGGUUACGGUAAUCUAUUAGAUAAUUGGCAUCUAGAAUUAAAUUGCUCUAAAGUCACGAAACCAGUCAAAAAGGGUAUGCUAGACAAAUGUAUGCAGUACCGGAAAAGUCUCAAAGAGAAACGCAACAAACGCAAAAGGAACAAAAGAAGAAAGCUCCUCUAACUUUAAUUAAUAUUUCCUUUUAAAAGCACAUCAAUAAUUGACUGUAUAUAAAAAAUUGCCACUUCUAGUAUUUAUUGAUGGACAAGAAGCUCUCUGUGAGUUUUAGGCAUAAUUUUUUAAAGUAUUUGGCAUUACGAUUAAGUAUUGGGUACUUUUUCUGUGAUAUUUAGUUAAUUAAUUUAUUUAAAAUGUAGCAUUUAAGUGAUGAAUUCAAUGUACUUAUACGUUCUCUCUGCUUUAUUGUGUAAUCUCCUAUUUAUUCUCAAAACGCAGAUUGUUGUGAAUAUUUUCUAGAAUUUUUUAUGCAUAGCAUAAAAAUUAUGUUGUCCUAGCUGUAGGUGAUAAAUAAUUGCGUAUAGUAUUAUUGAGAGGCAAAUAAUUUGCCUCCUUCGCCAAGAAAGACUUAAGUAUUUUUAAUUACAUUAUUAAUUUAUGUUUAUUAUUUAAAUGCGCACAACUUUGAUGUUGGAAAAUGUUUAAAAGAAGUAUGAAUAUGACGAUGUGAAAGGAUUUUUUUAUAAGGUAGAUGAUGAAACAAUGAACUGAUGACUUACCUCUUUAAUAUUACUGAUCUGUAAUGUAAAAUGGACAUUAAUUGCAAAUAUAUCAUCUAUAUCAUAAGAUUAUUUGGCAUACGUUUUAUCAACAUUCUAUUACUUGAACAUUACGAAUCUGUAAUAUAAAAUGAACGAUUCAAUGCAUAUCUAUAAUUUUUAACAUAAGACCAUUUGACAUACGUUUCAUAAGCAUCCUACCGUUUGAAUAUAAUCGAGCAGUAAAAUAAAUGGACAAUUUAAUGCAAAUCUACAAUUAUGAACAUAAGAUCAUCUGUCCUAUAUUUUAUAAACACCCUACUAUUUGAUUAUUACCGAUCUGUUAUAUUAAAUGGACAAUCUAAUGCAAAUCUAUAUUUUUAACAUAAGCCUGUUUGACAUACGUUAUAGAAAUAUACUAGCACUUGAAUUUUACCGAUCUGUUAUAUUGAAUGGACAAUCUACUGCAAACCGUUUUUAAUAUAAGACAUUUGACAUAAAUUUUAUAAACAUGAAAUAAAUAAUUUGAAUAUACUGUUUUUUUUUUUGUAAUCAUUACCCACUUAUUAUUUAAUAUCCUAUACUGAUAAGUUUACUACAAUCUAAUAGAGGUACAGGAGUACGACAUUGCUGAC